AUGCCAUUAGAAUCAGAGUACAUUCGGUUGCUGCUGGCCGGGGCGGUGCGCAUCGCCGACAGGUUGGAGUCGGGGAAGACGUCAGUGGUGGUCCACUGCAGCGACGGCUGGGACCGCACAGCCCAGCUCACCUCGCUGGCCAUGCUGAUGCUGGACAGCCACUACCGCACGCUCCGGGGCUUCCAGGUCCUCGUAGAGAAAGAGUGGCUUAGCUUCGGAUACCGCUUUGCCUCACGUGUAGGGCAUGGAGAUCAGAACCAUGCCAACUCCGAGCGCUCUCCGCUGUUUGUCCAGUUCAUGGACGGUGUAUGGCAGAUGACCAGACAGUUUCCCUCAGCUUUCGAGUUCAAUGAGCUGUUUCUCAUCACUGUGUUGGACCAUCUCUACAGCUGUCUUUUUGGGACCUUCCUUUACAACAGCGAGCAGGAGCGAAUACUCAAAGAGGUGCCCGCCAAGACUGUGUCCCUGUGGGCAUACAUCAACAGCCAGGUGGAGGACUUCACCAACCCAUUCUAUGUGGCCUACGAGCACCACGUCCUGUACCCCCUGGCUAGUACCAGACACCUGGAGCUGUGGGUGAACUACUAUGUACGCUGGAACCCACGCAUGAGGCCACAGGUGCCGGUGCACCAGAGUCUGAAGGAGCUGCUGGUGUUGAGAGCUGAGCUGCAGCAGAGAGUGGAGGAGCUGCGAAGAGACGCUUCCUCCUCAUCAGCACAGCCCACCUCGGCCACACACACACCAGGCGCACCGAUGCACACCACAGUCUAGAGACACACGUCGGCGUGCUCUCACACACACACACACACACACACACACACACACACACACACACACACACACACACACAUAUAUAUCAAUAAUAUUGAAAUCAGAAAGAUGAACCUUGGAAUUCUUGCAUCCAGACAGUCACCUAACUUUGCCAAAGUGCUCACAGUGCUAUACCUUUGUAGGUCUGUGGCUCUGAAACAUCUUAUUGUCUCUGUAUUUAUUCAGUCCGUAUUUAUGUAGAGCAGCCUGGUCUAUUUUACACACUAACAGUUCCAACUCUCAUAUGUGUCAGUAGUCUUAUUACCUGUGAAGAUGAUAUGUAUCUACUGUAAUGAACAUUGCUGAAUGAAGGUAGAACCGUUAAGGGAACUGCAUCUAGAGGCAAUGUUAUUCAGUCUAAUAUCUCUCUUAUACUUCAGUCCAUGUGUAUGCUUUGCUGACAACAGUAACCACAGCACAGGUCUUUUGACCUGUUGGAGCUGUUAUUGUGUAUGAUUGUUAUUAUUUUUAGUAGUUGGAUAAGUAUUAUUUUGAUAAUUCUGCCAUUAUCACUUGUAAAUAGAUUUAAAUUGUAAAUAUGAAAUUACGUAAUUUAGCGUUUGCUAUAUUAGUAAGCUAUUUUUGCAUAGUCUUAGCUCUUUGGGUUACAUUUAAUCAAACCGUAUCAAAAGUGCUUGUUCUUAUAAUAAAAAACAUGUUAAUUGA